ACCAUGGAACAAUACCAAGACAAAAGAAAUAAACUUGGCAAUAUGGCAAACCACAUAAUCUCAAACUGUCUGAAUAUCUUUGUUAUCAUAGCUACCAUUGCCGCAGUGCAAUAUUCAACAGUGGAAGCAGGCAGAUGCUCAGAGGUUUUCAAUAGAUGUGAUGACAUGGAUUGUCCUGGACAUUGUAAAUCAACAUAUGGAAGUCGUAGUUUAGGGCAUAAAUGUGAUCAAUUCUACCUCUGCACUUGUUUCUUCAAUCAAGCAUCUUCUUCAAGCAAUAUAUGUCAUAUUGGGAAUGGAACAUGCUACACUGGUGAAUGUGAUAAUGGUUGUUGCAAUUCAAGGUGUGCUAGUUUGAAUCAUGGUUCUGGAACUUGUAUUCCUAACCAAUUUACCAAAGAUAGAUGCCUUUGUUCCUAUAGAAGCUAGAUUAUU